UGACAGCCGGAUAUGUUUACAGUUGCCACGUCAAAAUUAAGACACACAUAAAUAAAGCGAAGGGCUGCCACCUUUUCAUUGCAGAACCGAAACAAGAAGACUUGCUGUACACGUUCCAAGCCAGUUUAUAAUUAGAGUGAGAAAUAUGAAAAUGAAACUAGCUUUUUUAUGGGCUUUGUCCAUAGCCCUAUUUGCAAAUGCGCAAGCAGAUGAAACAGAUGAAGGGCACUAUAUGAUUUUGGUCCCAAGAAAUUUUGUUUUCGGCAAGGGUAACAACAUCAGUGUUACGAUGUAUAAAACUACAGAGGAUGAAAUAUUAACGUUCGAAGUUUUUAAACAGAAUGAAACUUAUCUUACAGUUGAAACAACAGUUAAUCCAGAUAGUUCUAAGUUCGUGGAACUGAUGCUGCCUUCUGAACUAAAAGACCACUAUUCAGUAAAGUUAAGAGUUACUGGAAGAGGCGCUGUUGGCUUUAAUUCAACUACCUCUAUAUGGAUAUCUAAACAAGAUGACGUAUAUACAUUGAAUACGCAGGCAAUUCAGGCACAAUUGGACAGGCCUUUCUACAGCAGCAACGAGUUGGUUCGUUUGCGUGCUUUUGGUUUGAAUAAGAACUUAACAACGGUGCUGCAGUCAAUGAAUAUAUCUGUUUUUGAUCCAAACGGUAAUAUGUUGGCAAAAUGGACUGAUGAGCACACUUCCUCAGGUGUUGUUUCCAAAAGUUUCCAACUAUCUGAUAGACCAAUUCUUGGAACGUGGUACUUCAAAAUAAGUCAAGAGAAGGACGAGUCUUUCGUUUAUUUCAGUGUUCGUUCAUACUCAUUACCGAAAUUUGAAGUGAAUGUCGAUGCUACUCAUCAUUUAGUCGACUUCAGUAUGGGAUAUCUUUAUUUGUUGCAAGACACUUUCAACGUCAACGUUACAGCACAAUACACCUUUGGAAAACCUGUGACUGGUAGAUUGGAGUUAAAUAUUAGUUUGGGACAUCGAAACGAACAUACAAUUUCCAAAGUUAUGAAUAUCACUGGUUUUGUGAGUGUGAAUAUCCCAUUUCGGCAAUUGCUUGAAUCAAAUGACACUAUUCAUGUCCCUCAGUAUAGGUCUUACUGUAAUAUCCCUAAUAUUGUAAUAAAGGCAGAAGUCACUGAGGAUUUAACGCAAAAAACAAUGAUGGCACCGGAAACUUCUAUCAAGGUUGAGUCUGCACCCAUCAGAAUCUCUCAUUCGACAAACCGCAAUUUAAAAUAUGGUUUGCCAAAUUAUUCAGAUGUUACAGUAAAACGUGCUGAUGACAAACCUCUAACAGAAAAUGACCGUAUUUAUCCUUUGAAAAUUAAAUUUUCUGAGAACGAUACCAAAGAAUUCGAUAUUCCAAUCGAUGGAAAAGUUCGUGUGCAUGUUGACGUCCCGGAGAAACAGAAUAUGAAUAUGCGAAUGGAAAUUAUUUACACAGGUCAUCACAAAGGUAGAAACUUUGAAAUAAAAUCUACGCCAUACCUUUCACGAUAUAGAGCUGUGAACAACACUAAUAUCGAUGCAAUGGUACCCCAGAAAUAUUAUAAGGUUGGUGAAGAGGUCCAUAUAACAGUAAACAGUUCACGCCCAAUAUCAUCAGCUGCAUUUUUAAUUAUGAAAGACCGUAAAACGCUUAUGAAUAGAUUUGUCGAUGUUAAUGAUGAAACGCAUUUUACCAUCAACUUCAUGGCAACCGAAGACAUGAUUCCGAAUAUUGAUUUUUUGAUUACUGCUGUAUCAACUGAGGGUUCAUUUGCUGCCGAUGGUGGAAAGAUUCCAGUAACGGUUACAUUGGAAAAUAAGAUUACAGCUAAUUUCUCAGCACCAGAAGGGCGUGCAGGUGAUGAUGUAACACUUAACGUCCAUACAUCCCCUCAUUCUACAGUGUUUAUGAUGGCAAUCGACAGAAGUAUUGAACUAGUUGAGAAACCUGAUUACAUUACAGAGGAGGACAUAUUGUCAGUCAUUGGUGGGAUGCCGGGAUCUGUAACAAAAGUAAAUGCUUAUAAUCCAAAAGAAAUCAUUCGCAAUUUUGGCUUAGACAUAAUGACAAAUUUCCCUGGUAUUGAAUCGCUGACCCGCUAUCCUUUCGAAGAGAGGAGGGUGUUCCAUGAACCUGUUAUGGGCUCUAUGUAUCUAAAAGAUGAUAGACCUAGUAUGAGCUCGGAAAAUAAGAAGAAAAUCAGGUCAUUCUUCCCUCAAACCUGGAUGUGGACCGAAGGUGACGCAGAUGAAAACGGUCUCGUUCCUAUUACUGCGAAAGUUCCAGACACUAUCACAAGAUGGGUUGUAAAUGGUUUUUCUGUCGGGCCUAAUGGUGUUGCUCCAAUGAAAAAGCCGACUGAAUUUUAUUCGUACCAACCAUUCUUCAUGUUUUUGAAUUAUCCCAAAUCUGUUAUAAGAGAUGAAUCGUUUCCUCUGAAGGUGUCUGUAUUCAAUUAUCUGAAAACUGACCAAGAGGUUAAUGUAACAUUAUUGCCAUGGGAUGAACUCAAUCCAGAAGAAAAGCCUAUUACCGAGACUGUUCACAUAAAAUCCAAUCGACAAGUAUUAGUUACAUUUAAUAUACGCCUAAAACAAGUCGGUACCCAACCACUAAAAGUUCGAGCAGUAUCUGGUGAAAUAACUGAUGAAGUACAUAAAUAUGUAUUGGUUAAGCCAGAAGGAAUUACAAAAUAUUUCAACAAACCAAUUAUGAUGAAUGUCACUGGAAGCGAACCCGUCUUAGAGAACUUCGCCUUAACACUUAAUGAUACUUCUUCAAACAUCGUUCCUGAUUCAGUCAGAAUUGAAGUUAGCGUUAUUGGUGAUUUAAUGUCUCAAGUUGAUGCUGCCGCUUCUGGUCUUGUCAGAAAGCCAAGUGGUUGUGGAGAACAAAACAUGAUCAACUUCUAUCCAAAUGUUUUGGUUUACAAGUACCUGGAAGCAAGUAACAGAUUGGGUGAUGAUCUUAAAGCACAACUGAUUGAGUACACGCGACAUGGUUACCAAAAUCAACUUAGAUAUCAACACAAAUCUGGUGCAUUUAGUGCUUUUGGAGAAAAUGAUUCAAGAGGAAGUACAUGGUUAACAGCCUUCGUUCUAAGAUGUUUUGCUGAAGCCAAGAAGAGUAUGCCUGAGGUGUAUAUUGAUGAUAAUGUCUUAGUUAAAGCAGUCAAAUGGUUGUUCAUUCGACAGUCUGAAAAUGGAAAAUUUUUCGAGGUCGGUCAAGUCCUUCACAAAGCAAUGCAGGGUGGUGCUUCUGAAGGAACAGCAAUGACAGCAUACGUUCUACUUGCUUUACUCGAAUACAGAGAUUUAAUUGAUACACAUGAAAACCUGGAGCCAACGAGAAAUUCCACAGAGGUAGCAAUAACUUUAGCCGAAUUGUAUUUGAAAAGUGUACCAAGCAAUAUGUAUUCUAAAGCUAUUUUAAUGUAUGCCAAUGCAUUGUUGGGAAAUGACAUGACGUUCGAAGAGUUACGAGCAGAAUUAGAAAGUUAUGCUGUCAUUGAAGGAGAUUUCAAAUACUGGAAAUCGUUGAAAAUAAAACGUUCUUGGUAUGCUGAAGACGAGGUUGUGGAAGAAGCAGAUGUAGAAAUGAGCGCUUACGUCUUAUUGGCAUAUGCUAAAAGAAACGAAGUUGAAAAGGGAUUACCGAUUUUGAGGUGGCUGGUCAAAAUGCGUUCGUCCUUAGGCGGUUAUGAUUCAACUCAGAGCACAGUCAUUGCCCUUCAAGCUCUAGCGCAGUUUGCACCCAUGAUUAAUAGCUGUUGUGACCAAAGCGUAACAAUACAAGUGGUAGAUAACACUGGCUACAGUUACUCAUUCCCAACUGUUACCUCCGAAACCAACACAAUCCUGUACAAACAUGUGGUAAGCUGUCAUUUAAACUUGUUUAGUUUACAAAUGCCACCAGAUACCACAUCUAUAACGUUUAAAGGAGAGGGAAAAGGUUUUGUUCUUGUGCAAACUUCAUGGCAGUAUAAUGUUCUGAAAGAGGAAGAAUCGAAAUCUAAUAUUGUAUCUACAGUUGAAGCUAAUUGUACAAGUAGCCAGAAAUUCAGUUUACAAAUAUGCAGCACUUGGUUGGCGAAUGAAACAUCAGGAAUGGGCUUGAUCGAAAUUCAGUUGCCCACGGGUUAUGUUAUUGAUACUGGAAAAUAUCUGCUUUUAACAUUUGUGAAACGCAUUGAAUUAGAUGACUCGAAAGUUAAUAUCUAUCUUGAAGAAGUGCCUCGAGAGAAAUACUGUUUCAAGGUGGAAGCUGAAAAGUGGUUUGAAGUUGAAAAUCGCAAAGUAGCUCAAGCUGUCACAACAAGUCUUUUCUAUGAUCCAAGUGAAAGUACAGUGAAAACAUAUGAAAUUGAUUGCUCUGCCCAGAGUUCUGAUUAGAAUUCUUCCUUCAAAUCAAAUUGUAUAUUAAAUAAAAAGUACCAAUAAAUUUUACAUAAUUUUA